AUGGAAGACCUAUGCGACAAUCUUCUCGAUGAUAUUCUUUUCCGUUUGCCUCUUAAGUCCGUGCUCACGUGCAAAAGCAUAAGCAAGAGGUUCAACACCUUCAUCUCCGACCCUGGGUUUGAAGCGAAACUCAACCGAGAGUUCUGUGAAACUACCUCGCCGUUCAAACUCUUAGCUUAUUGUAGUGGCCUGCUUCUCUUACGUCUCUCGAAAAAAAGUUUUUUAGUUUUAAACCCCGUUACCAAAAGACACCAAUUCAUAGAAAAUAAAAAAUCCAUGUUGCUAUCGGGUUGGCUGUGGAACCAAUCUCUUCCUCCUUGCACCGCUACAAGUUAUAACUUCUCCGAUGCUCUACCAAUCUAUUCUCACGGGUCGUUACAUUGGAUUAGGAAGUGCAAUGAUAUCCUUGCCUUUCAUGUGAAAAAAAGAGAGGCUAGGAUCAUCGAACUUCCUCGAAACCUACCACUUCCAUUCGUGAAUUGGACAUCAUGGUUCGGAGUAGUAAAUGGUUUGCUUACCAUCAUCUCAACUUCAAGAGAAGAAAUCUCGGCUUGGAUCCUCAGUGAUUACAAGAACGUUGAGUGGGUGCCUAAAACCCGAAUUACAAAGAUAUUAAAUAGUGAAUGGUCUAUAAGGAUUCCCAGCUUCUAUGAUGGUGAGCGACUUGUUAUGCUUCAACGAAAGCUAGGGGAAGAUGGAGAGGUUUGUAUGUAUGAUAUUACAACCGAUAAGUGGAGGAAGAUUGGAAUGUCAUGCCGUGCUCUGGAUAGAAACCGAGCUUUUGUUCCUUUUGUUCCUUCUUUAGCAGAGAUUAAAACUAGGAUGUGGCCGGAUGUACCAACUCCAGUUGUUCAAAGCAUUGACAACCUCUCGCUGCUCGUUUCUUUUAAAGGUAGUGAUAGUGCAUGA